AUGAGAACCGCACGAAAUAGAAAACCCCCACAGACUACGCUGAAAAUAUUCCAAGCAAACGUGGACAAAGGCGAGGGAGCUCACUGCGCGGCCCUCCAACUUGCAUUUCAGGAGGGCUACAAUAUAGUACUCAUACAGGAACCAAACACAUCUUACAACGCACAGAAAGGCCUCUGCAGAACACAGCACCAUCCUGGCUUCCUCUGUUUCAGCCCCGUCGACAGUUGGACUAAUAAUAUAACACGACCACGAGUACUAACCUACGUACGGAUAGCUAGGAAUAUCCAAGCUGAACAACUUCUCCCAGCACGUCACCGAGAUCUUCUCUGGGUUAAAGUGAAUGGAACCGUGAUCCUUAACAUCUACAACAGGCCAGAGGAGGAAACCUCACUGGAUGUUAUUGAGUCAUGGACCCCGCCAAACCGAUGCAUUGUCGCAGGAGACAUGAACGCAUUCCAUCCAUCGUGGCAAGCAGAUCGGGGGGCAUCACAGGAUGGCACAAGGAUCUUCAACUGGACUCAAGAACACGACCUAGUCCUCCUUAAUGACCCUGAAGCCUCAACCACAAUGCCAAGGCUAAACAAAAGAUCUAGCACAAUUGACCUGGUCUUCUCCAACAUCUCUACAGCUACUACAACCGUGGAAGAACACCUCACCACUGGAUCGCUGCAUUACACGAUCGGUACAGAGAUUCCAGACAACGAGAGCAGCCCUAGGACCUCGGGAAAAGUCCACGUCACUCUACCAGAGGAAAUUAAGGUUUUUACGAAACACGUGGCCGAUAUUGAUGAUACUGCUAGACAACUUCUAAAAAUCCUGCAAGACGGGGCAAAAGCUUGCGGCCGAUUGAGUAAAGGAAAAAGAGCCCGACAGAAUCCUUGGUGGAGCAAAGAGUGUAACGAAGCACAUGAGAAUCUUCGCGCUGCUCGAUACACUAUAGAAACCCGGCAUGGGGAGGAGGUUCAACGCGCUAGAAUCUACUUUAAACGCAUUGUCCGCCGUGCAAAGCGAAACUUCUGGCGCACUAUUGUUGCGGAUAUUACAGACCCAGCUGACGUAUUCCAGAUUACUCGCUGGAUAAAGCCAAGGCAACAGCUACAACCUCCGCCAAUCCAACACGGAAGCGAAGUCUACACAACAAACUUAGAACGCGCUAAUGUCCUGCGCAAGGAGAAGCUCGAAAGACGGGACGUAUCAGAUGAUAUCCCAGAUCCAUGGACCCCCACAGUUUCACCAACCCAACAAAUCCCUUUCUCGGCGCACAUCUCAACCAGCGAAGCCCAGAAUGCGCUACUCAAAACAGGAAACACCACUCCUGGAAUGGACGGUAUUACAACGAAAAUGCUCCAAGCAAUCUGGCCAAGUAUUUCGCAUGUCACCACACUCCUCUAUAACGCUUGCCUCGCCCUAGGAUACCACCCAACUGCCUUCAAAACAGCAGAGGUGGCGAUGAUUCCGAAACUCAAUAAGAGAGACCUCUGUGAUGUCUCCGCGUGGCGCCCCAUCUCCCUUCUUUCCUGCCUGUCUAAAGGCCUGGAACGAGUAAUCGGUCGGCGUCUCGCCUACCUAGCUGUCAAGUACAAAGUUCUCCAUGCGAACCAGGCUGGAGCACUCCCAAAACGAAGCGCCACAGACAUAGUUACCGCACUUGUCUACGAUGUUGAACGUGCCCUAGGUAACGGCAAGAUCGCCACACUUGUCACAAUGGAUGUUAAAGGGGCCUUUGAUGCUAUUCUCCCCAAUAGGCUAGUCCUACGACUCCGACAACAAGGAUGGCCGGAUUUCCUGGUUUGGUGGAUCUACCACUUUGUCUCCCACCGCAAAGCUCUUGUCAGAUUCCAGGAUGCUAAAACAGAACCCGCAGAGCUGACCUGCGGCCUCCCUCAAGGCUCGCCGAUAUCACCAUUCUCUAUCUCCUAG